UAUGUGUAAUCCAAAGUAAUAUAGCUAGUAGUUGGAUUUGUACAAUUAAUAUAGUUAGCUGUCCUGUUAAAUUGUAAUGGGAUCAUAAAUGAUUGAGUCCCUUCAACGAAAGGGUAGUUUAUAUAAUUUGGUUCAAAAUCAUCCUUAAAAUAAGUAUUCCAAACUAAAUAAUAGUUCCGGACCACCCAAUUAGAAUUGACAAGGUUAAAGCGGCCUAAAAUAAUGAAGAAAACUUAUUAAAACAUUUAAUAUUAAAUCAAUACUUAUAUGUCUGAAAUUAAAUAUGACAAGUUUUCAAAAACAUCAGAUGCGAAAUAAUGUACAAAAAUUUGAAAAUUUAAAUCUUUAUAUAAAAAAAAGACUUCUUUGGUCAUCACCUUAACAUUAAGUAUUUCAUAACAAAGAAUCAAAUGCGCUCAUAAGGAAUUCAUUAAAUUUAAAAUGGG